AUGGCCGCUUUUCAGAAUAUCCGCGGCCUCGCUCUGCAGCGUGUGCUAGCAACCGUCUGUGCCGUGGCCUUUUUACUGCAGGGCUACGAUCAGUCCAUUAUGAAUGGGCUACUCACGCUGAGUACCUUUCUUUCCACCAUGCCCGAGAUCGAUACCUUGCAUACGACUGGGGCUCAAAAUGAACAUAAUGCGAAUGUGCAGGGUGCCACUGUUGCCAUCUACGAAGUCGGCUGUGCCUUUGGUGCUCUGUCGGUCAUCUUUUUUGGUGACCGAAUUGGCCGCCCAAAGUCAAUUCUGACUGCUAGCUGCAUUGUUAUUGUUGGCGUGGUCAUUCAGGCUGCUACGUACUCUUUGGGGCAGCUGAUUGCUGGCAGGAUCAUCACCGGCCUUGGUAUCGGUAUUUACACUGCCAUCAUCCCCAUGUAUAUUAGCGAAACUGCAGAUGCGAAGCAUCGUGGGCCGCUUGUUCUCUUAGAUGGAGUCUUUGCCCUCUCCGGAAUUGUCCUAGCUGCAUGGCUAAACUUUGGCUUUUAUUAUGUCAAAGGAGCCGUCAAUUGGCGCUUUCCCAUUGCUUUUCAACUCAUAUUUGCCCUUUUCAUGAUUGUCGUGCAACCAAUACUGCCUGAAUCUCCGCGUUGGUUGAUCAAAAAGGAUCGGUUAGAAGAAGGGCAGAAUGUGAUGUCUCGCCUCAUGGACAAAUCCUCGGAUAGCUUUGAAGUAUCUCGGGAAGUAGCCAUUAUAAACUCGGCUCUUAACGAUCAUCACCAAUCGCAGCAAAACUCAUCAUCUCAGAGCAUUUUCUCACUUGGCCCUGAUCGACACCUCUAUCGAACUCUUGUUGCUGUGUCGGCUCCCAUGAUCACACAAAUGACUGGUAUCAACAUCAUCCCAUUCUACUCUAACAGCAUUCUUGAAUCAACACUGGGCUACUCUGGAAGCAUUGCACGGAUAGUUUCUGGUUGCAUGCAGAUUAUGCUUGUGAUAGGGGCCAUCAUCGGGUGUCUCCUUAUCGAGCGAGUCGGCCGUCGUAAGCUAAUGCUUUUCUCCACGGGAUCGAUGGCUGUCUGCCAGGCUGCUGUGGCCGGGCUUUCUUCCGACCUUGAAAACCCUACAGCUGGUAAAGUGGCUCUAGUAUUUUACUUCCUAGCUAUGCUUUUGCUACCCAUUGGCAUGUUUAUGAUCCCAUUUAUGUACGCCUCUGAGAUAUCCCCGGUGGCAAUGCGGCAAACGUACGCGGGCAUGGCGGCUGCCAGCAGUUGGCUGUUCAAUUUUCUCAUUGCUGAAAUCACACCCGUUGGUAUCGCUAGCAUAACGUGGCGAUACUAUGUGAUCUAUGCCUCCUGCAGCGCCGCUGCAGUAGUUGGUAUCUAUUUCUUCUAUCCCGAGACCCAGGGCCGCUCGCUCGAGCAGAUUGACCAAAUUUUCCGUCAGUCAAAAUCGAUUUUUGAUCCUGUCAAACUCUCAUUGGAACCUCCGGUAGACUCUGAUGUCUUGGAUGGAGCUGUUAAGAAAUCGCUUGACAACGAUGAAAUUGCAUGA